AUGGUCUACUGCCUCAUCGUGGCGCGAGUGACUACGUCUGUCGAAGUGCGAAGUACAGCGAAGGUUUAUCUUCCAGCAGGGCCUCCCAAGCUGAAAGGAGUUCGACGUUUUCGGCUUCCCGGAUGCCCAGCAAGAGUAGCACGCCAGAAGCACUACCGUCUGGCUGAUUCAGUCGCUAGAUGGUUUCCUGAUCCUGAUAAGGUCAGCGAUUACCUGAGGUGAAA